CAAAGCUUGUUCGCGAAAAGAUAUCGGGGCUGUGGCCGGCAGGCAGUAGGACGACGACGACGAUGGCAGCGCACCAGGACUUUGUCGGUGCGAUCAUGGCCGUCGUAGCCUCCGUGAUCUCUAACCUCGGCGUGAACGUGCAGAAGUACUCACAUGCGACCGAGGCCCUGCGGCCAGAGGCGAGCCAGCGCGCGUACAUCCACCGGCCGGUCUGGUGGCUCGGGCUGCUCAUGGUCAUCGCGGGCAGCAUCGGUGAUUUUACGGCCUUUGUCUUUGCAACGCAGGCGCUCGUCGCGGCGCUUGGCGGCGGCUCGACCCUCAUCGCGAACGUCAUCAUUGCGCACUACAUGAACAAGGAGACACUCUACAAGACCGACAUCAUUGGCGUCAUUUGGGUGAUCAUUGGUGUCGUGCUCAUCGCCGUCAUCUCGGACGAAGACAAGACGUAUCCGCUCGACGAACUUGAGAAGCUCUUUACACGCAAAGGUUUCGUCGUAUACAUUACGUGCGUCGUCAUCUCGGUCGUGUGCAUGCUGGCCAAGAUCAAGGGCUCACUCGCCCACACGCUCAAGAACCAGAUUCGCUGGUCGCACCAGCGCCAGAAGCAGAUCCUCAAGAACAACGAAGCGCGCUUCCAGGACUUGGAGCGGCGUAUGGAAGCGCUCGAAGAACAGCUCCUCGCCGACUACGAGCGCCACGGCCCGCCCGACUCGGGCCACGUCUCGUCGCUGCACCAGCAUUUACGCACUCAGCGGCAAGCCCGCGAGCCCUACACGAUCUACGACCCGACGCCGGGCUCGACCGCGGACCCGCGCGUGCCAUUCUACUACGCCAUCUGCUCGGGCAUCGUCGGCGCCAUCUCGGUGCUGCUCGCAAAGUGCUCGGCCAUCAUGCUCUCGCUGACGUUCCAAGGCGACAACCAGUUCAAGUACCCGCUCACGUACGUCUUCAUUGGCGGCAUGGUGCUCUGCAUCCUCGUGCAAACGCAUUUGCUCAACAUGGCCACGUCGCUCGGCGACACGAUGACAGUCUUCCCGGUCUUCCAAGCCUUUUGGAUUUCGUUUAGCGUCAUUGGCGGUAUCGUAUUUUACGGUACCGCACAGACCUUUACGACCGAAAAGUGGGUACUGUACCCAACGGCACUGCUCUGCAUCUCGGUUGGCGUCUACUACCUCGUACAGCACCCGUCCAAGCCCGUGCCGCUGCCGUCGCCGCCGCCUCAGAAGCGCGCGAGUCUCCAGUUCCAGCUGAGCGAAGUGCCGUUAACCAACGCCGCCGACGUCGACGCGUGCUUGACGACGUCGCCGCUUUUGCCGCGGGACGACGCCAACGACGGCUACGUGCGCCUCGAAAACGAAUAACAUUAAUUGAUGUUUUGUAUCUUGGGCCGUGAA